UCGAAAAUUUAAUAAUAGUCGAAAUUUUAAUAAUAGUCGAAAAUUUAAUAUUAAUAGAAAUUUUUCAAAAUUUCAAAUUUCUUGACAAUUUGACUAAAAAUAACUGAACUCAGUAAAAUAAAAAGAUGUUAACGGUGACACCAAAUUUAUCGGUGAAUUUGGGCCAGUUACUGCAGAAGGCUGUGCAUCUGAACGACUUGCAGUAUGACUACUUCUCAAAGUAUUUAGCCGCCGCUUGUAGGUCCCAAACUGGCCCUGAGGUCGUAAUCUUCACUAAGGAUUCUGGCAACUCUUUAACGGCGCUUUCAACUUUUGGCACAGAGUUUGAACCGCUCUUCGUUUCCUGGGCACCGCCAGCCUUUGGCACUAUUCUAAUUGUUGUCUCCAGUGACAACUCUCUCACUUACUACAGAAAUGACCAAAACUGCCAAGGACUCUGGAAAGUUAUCUACAAAACUAACCAACUCAAUCCUGUAAGUUCUAUGGCAGUGGGCUCUACUCCAAUUAGUUCUACUGUUCUGAGUUCUACUGGAAUGAAUUCUAGUGUUCUGAAUUCUGUGGGAGUGAGUUCUACUGGAGGAGAAUUAGUAGUGGCGUUAGGAUCCUUGACGGGAUCUGUAACGCUUGUGACUUCGUGUACGAGAUUUGAGACUACAACUUUCAAGGCGCACACCGGUCCUGUUUACGCCCUCGCAUUCAGUCACAGUAACACCGGUGAACUAUUAAUGGCCACCGGUGGCAUUGAUAAUACCAUCAAACUCUGGGAAAUUACUAAUAAUAAUAAUGGGAGUGUAAACAGUGUAAAUAAUAGCAAUGGGAUUGCGGUUGGGUGUGUGAUGAUUUGGAAGUUUGAGUUGGAGUUGGACGUUAAGCGUUUGGGCCGAGUGAAUUCGUUGUGUUGGAGUCGGGAGGGACUACUCGCCGGAGCCACAGAGUCCCACCUCUACAUCUUCCAAAAAACCAACGAGUGGACAUUACUACAAAAGUUAACCUUGGGACACAAUUUGACCUUGGGGAAGAAUGUAAAUUUGACACACAAUGUAAGUUUGGGACACAAUGUAAGUUUGGGGCACAAUGUAAGUUUGGGUCAAGUGCAAAUGACGUUUGUGGCGUUUAAUAAUGAUCACAUAGUGUUGUUGCAGGAUUCUGAGACUGUCGUUUUCAGGCGUAACGACGCAGGGACCUUCGAACCACUCACCAACACACAUUAAUUCUUCACUACUAAAUGUGUUAUUUUUACUAUGUUAGGCGUAAUUUUUCACUACCAAAUGUGUUAUUUUUACUAUGUUAGUUGUAUCAAGGGGUAAAAUUGUCAUUUUGGGGUCGAAAUUAGAAAAAUUUUUUUACCAAUAAUUCCAAUUUUUAAUUCAAUAAAAUUUUUAUACAUAAUUUUAUAAUAAUUUUUUAUAAUAAUUU